UAAUCAUAGAAACUAUGUUUAUAAUUACAAUCUAAAGCCAAAGCUUAUUUACAAAACUUUCUUUUUCGUACUUAUCCUUCAUGUUCCUAUUCUAUUCAUCUGCCAAUGCUUUAAAACUGUCUGGUUCCAUAGUCUCUGCACCAAAAUUCACCUCAUCUGUGCCUGGUCGUUUCGAAAGUGCAUUUUUUCACUUUUGCAAUUGUUACCUGUUAAAUUCUUUCCAAAAACUGCAGCAAUUUUGGCCGGUUUCCUUAGCGCUGAUUUCAAUCUGAGAUUUCCGUGAAAUUGUACUUGUAGUAACAGGAAGUGUUUUGGUCUCUAUAUAAAUUGUUGCGUUUACGUCCAUGACUAUUCAUUACGAUCUACAGUAAGUAUGUUCAAGUACGGGUAUGUGCUAACUGCAUGUUUUCUGUUUACAAACUUGCAUUAUUCUCAAGCCGAAGACGAUGGCAUGGCUGACCACAUCGAACUACCAGAGGGGAAUCCUCAACAUUGCAAAUUCCUGUUCAAAGACGGUGGUGAUAUGCAUGUAUUAGGAGUGCUCCCAGGUAUCGGUUGGGACAACCUGCGUAACGUCUUUAUGGACAUGGUGGUAGAAUACGAGUACAGAACAUGUACUUUUACCGAAGACGAAUUUUAUCUGAUACCUGAUGGAAUGUUCACGAUCCCAACAAAAAACAGUCAGGUUGAUAUUUAUGCUGAAGUAUUUGACAAGUGGUCAUCCUAUGAAAGUGCAUUGUCAGUAUCUAUAAACGCGCAAGCCUCAUAUGAAGGGAUCACCACGUCAGUGAGCGGAAGCUUCUCUGUAGACGUCCAAAAGAAUAAACAAAGACAAGUGAGUGACAAGUCUAUCACCACCCGUGUACAAGUCCGUCAUCGACUUUAUCAGGUUCUGCUAGGAUCAAGAGUACCUCUUAGUAGAGUAUUUAAAGCCCGUGUGAUCCAAAUUGGAAACACUUUGGCAAAUGAAGACAAUGAGAUGGCAGCAUACCUCGCCGACACACUCGUACGUGACUAUGGUACACAUGUACUGACUAUAGUCGAUGCUGGCGCUGUCAUUAUGCAAGAAUCGCAAAUAAAGAGGAAUCUGAUGGAGACCUAUAGUAAGGAUUCAAUAUCAGCAAUGGCUGCAGCUUCAGCUUCAACGUCUGUUCUUGGCCGAUUUUCGGCAUCGCUCUCAAUAGAGGCUAAAGUAACUGAAGAAUCCAUGAAAUCAUUUCAUUCCAGCACCACCAAUUCCCACAUUGAAAGUUACGGCGGAUCUAUUUACAAAACCGAUACCAAUAUGAGUGAGUGGGAAGACGGAAUAAGAGAAAAUCUGGUUGCUACAGACAAGGUUGGUGAACCCCUACAUACAAUUAUUACAAAUUCGUACAUCGAAGAGUUGCCCCCAUUUCUUGUACGGCAGGCAUCUCUUGCAGUUAAAGCGGCUAUUUCUAGAUACUAUGAGAUGAACACUUUGAUAGGCUGCGUUAAAAGUGACUCGCCUAGCUUCAAUUUUCUUGCAAAUACUGGAAUGAGUGGUAUAUGCAGUGCAACCAUGGAAACUAAAUUCAAAUUUGGUGGUGUGUUUACAAGAUGUACUACUCGUCUUCCUGACAAUGCCAGAAUAUGUCGAGGACAGCAUAAUAAAAAUCCUAUAACUGGUAGCUAUUCUUGUCCCAGUGAUUACACCAAGAUCCUGGUUUCAAAUCAGCAAAUAUCAAAGAAAUACUCUGUCCCAGAAAGGAGAACGACCUGCACUACGGGUGGGUGGGGGAGGCAAAGGUGUAUGACAACAACAGUAUCUAUAAGAAAAAGGGCAUUUGCUCAGAUCAGCAGCUACUGGUGCUCUGGUCAAGGAGCAGACUUACAGGAGCUGUAUUAUUUUGGUGGCAUGUACACGCCAAGGGUUCCAAAUCCUCUAAUGGGAGCCUCGAAGUGUCCUGAGUAUUUCAUGUCAAUAUCGUUAGGGAAUGGUUUGAAAAUCUGUGUUAGUGAUGACUCAAGAGCAGUGCCAUUUAAGGUAAAGUUCGGUGGAAUGUUUACUUGUAGAGACGGCAACCCAUUUGCACGUACAGAAGAAACGUCCGAUGAGACAAGUACUUCGAAUUAUCCGAAGCAGUGCCCGAAUGGUUUUGUUCCAUAUCUAGCCACCAUUACCGAUGAUACAUGCCGUAUUAUCUAUUGUAUUGUAUCCAGGAUGAUGUAUAAUCGUACUGCUAUACAGCUCCCAGUAAGGCCUCCAUAUAGAAGUCAACCUGCACCCUCUUCCAACGCUACGAAUACGAUGGCGUUUAGUGAUUUAAACGGAGACACAUGGAUGAAGGAUGAGACUACUGGUAAAUGGACUAAAUAUGGAAUACAUGAAGAAAUACCAGCUUUACCAGGCUUCCUUGCCGCUAGUGUUUCCCCUAAUACCGGUACUUACUACCAUUCUCCAUUUCCCUUGGCAUUGUCCAUUGUUGUAUAUAUGCACAUAACAUUUUAACAUUAAUGAUUGGGAUAAUAAUAUGCCUAUGUCUACAGGCCCCUGUCAGAGCAGCUCUCGCUCAGACGCAGUGGAUAUUGCCAUUACGGCUUGUGUCAUUAUCUCAGCUUUUAAAGUGUUUUAAUGUAAAAUAAAUAGUAAGCUUAACUAUUAUAUAGAGGUUAUGAUAUGAAAGUUCGGUAAGCAGUUAGAAAGCUUUUUGAAUUAAUGUUUCGGGUGUCUAUUAAUCGAAGACCGAAGAAGAAAGUUUUCUGAAUUAUGUUUCGGGUGUCUAUAAAACGAAGACCGUGACAUUUUCAAGGGUAUUCGUUUUAUAGACAACCUAUAAAACGAAGACAGAAGACCUUAGCUUAGAUAAUUGAGAAAUAAUUCAGGAGGUCCGUUUCUUUCAGGUCUUCAGUCUUUGUUUUGUAGACAGGCCCUUGUUAUCCUUGAUAUUCUUAAUGUUAUUUCCAUAGAUGAUAAAAGAGAAACUUGGCAAUGGCUUUAUGAUGAUUUCGAAAUAUUUUGAAAAACUUAAUUGAGUUUUUCAGGUCUUCGGUCUUUGUUUUGUAGACAUUUAUAUAGGGUGUCUAAAAAACGAAGACCUUUGAUAAUUUCACAAACAGACGUCCAGAUAAUCUCGUAAAUUUGAUUUUGUGAUAGUCUGAUAUAUUUUCAUAAAAUUAAAGAGAAAAAA